AUGGCUUUUCAUCACAUCCUGGGGAAGGAGCAGAAAUGUUCUAGCUGGUACCUCUACUGGCAAAAAGAAAUUAGGAUGACACUGACUGCCAUCCUGUCCCCAAAGAAGGAGGAACCCUGGGCGAGUGACUUGGCACACCCCUGCCACGUGAAAAAAAAAAAAAAAAAGAUGCAGACCAUCAAGAAGGAACAGGCAUCGCUGGAGCCCAGCGGCCACGCAGAAAAGAUGACGGUGCUCAACCCCACGCUGCCAGAGCUGCCUGGGGAGGAGCUCGCGGCGGGCGAGGAGCUGCUCCUGGGUGAGGGCAGCGUGGGCAAGAGCAAGGCCGCGACGUGCCGCCGGAAACGGGAGUUCAUCCCCGACGACAAGAAGGAUGCCAUGUACUGGGAGAAACGGCGCAAGAACAACGAGGCCGCCAAACGGUCUCGCGAGAAGCGGCGGCUCAACGACCUGGUGCUGGAGAACAAACUCAUCGCGCUGGGCGAGGAGAACGCCACGCUCAAGGCCGAGCUGCUGUCGCUGAAGCUCAAGUUCGGCCUCAUCAGCUCGGCGGCCUACGCGCAGGAGAUCCAGAAGCUCAGCAGCUCCACGGCCGUGUACUUCCAAGACUACCCGGCCUCCAAGGCCGCGGCCGCCGCCGCUGCAGCCGCGGCCAGCGCUGCCUUCGCCGUGGACGAGCAGGACCCUGCCGCGGCCAUGGCAACGGUGGGCGGCUGCGUGUCGGUCAUCAAGCACUCGCCGCAGAGCUCGCUGUCCGACUUGUCCGAGGCGUCAUCCGGAGAGCACGCGCACGGCAGCCCCGGCCAGGGAGGCCGCCGCAGCCCCGAGGACCACAAGUUCCAGGCCAUCAAGCAGGAGCCCGUGGAACUGGAGCCCAGGGACGAGCGGGGCGCCUACGCCGCCGUGUCCAUGAUGUACCCCAACUACAUGGGCGGCUCCUUCUCGGGCUACUCCCCUCCACUGCUGCUGCCCGUCACCAGCUCCUCCAGCAACUCCCCGCGGACAUCGGAGACCGACGACGGCGGCGCGGUGGGGAAGGCGUCGGAUGGAGAGGACGAGCAGCAGGUGCCCAAGGGCCCCAUCCACUCCCCUGUGGAGCUCAGCCGGGUACACGCCACUGUGGUCAAGGUGCCCGAGGGGAACGCAUCCGCCCUGCCGCACAAGCUGCGCAUCAAAGCCAAAGCCAUGCGGAUCAAAGUGGAAGCCUUGGAGCCCGACUUCGAAGCCGCGCACAAACUGCCCUCGCCCGUGGACGCGACCCCCAAAAGACACUCGGACCCGGAGCAGCACGGAGGAGGAGGCCCCGGUGGUGGCAGCAGCACGGUGCCUCCCGCCCUUCCUCCUUUCUCCGUGCAGGUGACGAACAUCCAGGAUUGGUCCCUCAGAGCUGAGCCCUGGCCUCCAAGGGAACUCAGCGGCCAAACGCAGAAUGGUUUCAAGACGAAAGACGACGGCUAUCCUGCCGCCACCGACCCCGAGAACUUGUACCUCAAGCCGGGGAUAGCAAACUUAUCCACAGAGGUAGUGUCCCUCAAGAGAUUCAUAGCCGCACAGCCCAUUUCCGCCUCGGACUCCCGGUGAGGCCACCCCCCGAGGGAGGAGAGCUGGGCGCUCGGGCGGGUGUUCCCCCCCC